GACUACAAAGCAAAUCUCAACCAAGCCACGUACUAUUGUCACUAACCAUACAAAAGAAAAGAAAGACGAAGAAAAAAACUUUAAGCAUUGACGUGUACACUAACCCCCCACCCAUUCUAGUUGCAUUAUUAACACAUACAAAUUAAACCCCCCCCAGCUUGCUAUAUCCCUGUGCACACUACCAUUCAACAGGAGAACAUCAAUUGAAAAAAGUUUGAACACGAAGAAGAAGAAGAAGAAGCACCACCUAGCUAGCUUCGCACACAUUUUUCAUUUUCCUUUUCCCUACUGAAUGAGAAAAAAACCGUCUCAAAUGGCUCACCAAGUUCCUUUAGAAAAACCCAUCAACCAAAAAAUUCCAUCUCUUCCAACCCUACAAGAACCUGAGGAAAUCUCCAAGUCUAACAUCAAUUGCAUGGAGCAAGGCAGCACAUCACCAAAGAGGCAUGAAAAUGAUGGGUCAAGCAGUGAAGAAAUUGCAGUUUUGGAAGGCCAGGCUUCUGCUGCUGGGGAUGUUGUUGUUGUAGAUCACGAACCAAGUAAUGUGGCUGAUGAAGACAGUGGACGUGAGAGGUUGAAGAAGCAUAGGGUUGAGGUGGCUGGCCAGAUUUGGAUACCUGAUGUAUGGGGGCAGGAGGAGUUGCUUCAAGAUUGGAUUGAUUGUUCUGCUUUUGAUGCUUCUUUGUUCCCAAGUGGGAUUAUGUCUGCUCGUUCUGCUUUGGUUGAGGAGGGGAGGAGACAAAACUCUGCCAGAAUAAGAAUAGAAAACAGAUUGUUUGGUGUCAGCAAACAAACACCACCAAAAUAAAGGGACAAAUCAAUCAUCUCCGAACGAUUGUUUGUCUGCUGCACCAGUGAGGAUGUUUUUUUAAGUCCUCUUGGGGGCAUACACCCAACUGUGAAUGAAGAACAAAUUGGGCAUUUGGGCACCGUUGGAGAAAUCGCCACAGCCGUUGGUUCAGCUUAGUUAGUUUAGUUAGUUUGACAACUACUAGGUCUCAAAUGCUUAAGAAACUAGAGAAUAGGCCGACAGUUCUAUAUACAGCUAACAGAGUAUACUGCCUGACAAUGUAGUUCGUAAACGUGAUCAGAACACAUGUAAGCCAGACAUCGUAUUUUUGUGAGAACACAUGUAAGCCAGACAUCGUAUUUUCGAACACAAAGUAAGAAUUCAUUGUUAAUUGAGAGGAUAAUAAGGAAUCCGCCAUCAGGAGGGAAAGAAGUUGAAAGAGAAAUGUCUGAAAGCAAAUCUUGUUGGGACUUUCUCUAUUGCGAAGUGCAAGUGUGCGGAGUGGAUGCGGACUUCUAUUUGUCACCGUUAGAGCAUCAUUGAGAACUUCUAUUUCUAUCAGAGCUUUUCAGUCUUUUGGUAAGAGCCAAAAUUUCCCACUCUUACACCUCCAAUCUACUAACCUCUGUUUCUUUCUUCCACCACAACACCUUCUCUUCCCUGUGCCUUCAUCAAUUGCUAUUUGUGACUCUGUAUAUGCAAUACGUCAUUUCCCUUCUUCUCUACAUUGAUUUUCUAUUUCUUUCUAUAGGGAUAUCCUCGCUGAUUUGGGUUUGGGUUUUACUUGGUCUUCGUAUGAACUUGGCUCACUUUUGUUUCGUUUUGAGUUUGGUGAGGUGUUGUACUGCUGGGUGGGAUUUUUUUUAUAUGACCUUGGCCGAUCUGUUGUUUAAUUAUACUCUGUAAGUGCAUAUCAAACCUGAAUUAGAUGAACUUUCAACCA